AGAGCAGGGGUUUAAGAAAAAUAGUUGGGUGGUUUUCAGAGGGUUUUGGCGAUCAGGUUUUGGUUUUAGAUAGAUAGAUAGAUAAAGGAGAGAGAAAAUUAAUUUUUUCUAAUCGAAAUUAAUUUUUGAGAGACUAGAAUUAAAAAGGGUAUAAUGAUGGAUAGAAAUUGGAAAACGUGAAGAAUUUUAGUGAAUUUGUUCUUGUGGGUUGUAAAGAAAAAUUCUUCCUAAUAUUACACAUUUUUCAAAUCUUAGUAAAACCCUCCUAAAUUUUCUGCGUUUUUGCUGUUCAGGAAGGAUUUUGAAGUCUUGAAGUAGCAUUGAAUUGAAGACUUCUUGGGUAUGUUCUCCACGAUAUGUUGCAGAAGAGGCUAGAUUAUGGAUUCAGUGGAUAUCUGCUACCUUUCGUUCCUAAAGCUGCGAGGUCUUCUAGGAGGAGAGGCCUAUGUCAAUCGAAAGCUGCGGACAAGCAACUCUGUGCUUUUGAUUUACUUGCUACGGUAGCUGGAAAGAUACUUGAAUGUGAAAGUACUCAGUUGGCCGAUGUUCAAGAUGUUUUUAUGCAGGAGAAAGCUGAGGCCGAUGCGUCACUGAAAACUGAUUGUUGUGACAAGGAAAGUGCUGUAGCCGCAUCCCUUAACCUGGAGCUUGGAUUGCCGGUUCAAGAUCAAGUUUGCAAUGUGAAGGAAAUUGUAGACGUUAAUAAUUACGCAUCCUCGCCACCAGAUUCUGCGAUCACCUUGUGUCAUUGCUUGGAGAAGGAUGAGAAUUUUGUCAAGAUGGAUAUCGUUGAUGACAAGAGUGAUUUCUGUAGUCCCUUCCAGAAACCCGCGCUCUGUGGGCCUGGUCAUGUUGAUUUAUGUGAUCCUAAUCUGAAUGACGCUAUGGAGCAAGAUGAUGGCAAGAGAGAAAUAGCAUUUGAAAAUGGGGCUGUUUUUUCCUUCGGGAAGGCUCCUGCAGCAGCCAGCUCUGAUUGUAGUAUUAAACUGUCUUUAGGUGCGGACCACUACAGCUCUGGUUCACUUUUCCCGUGUAGGGGUAAUAAUGUUAAAGUAGUUUCUAGAGAUGAUGACGAAAACUCUUCUGAGUGUAUUCAACCGAGCAUUACGAAAUCUGCUAGGAUUCCAGCUCGUAUAGGUAACCGGAAAAUAAGGAGGUUAUUGGGGUCCAAAUAUUGGAAAGUAGCUUCUAAGGUGAAGGAUGGUGAUUAUUCCGAAACGGAACCGCGCUGCAUUUAUCGCAGCAGGAAGACUGGUUAUAAACGGCAGAGGUCUCAGAGGCUAUAUCUUUUCAAGAAGCGGAAGAUUUUUCGCUACAACUCAUUAUCAAAUUCUGACGGGGAUACUGACAGUAAAGGUGUAUAUGAUUCUUCUGGGAGGGAAAUUGAUCAGACGGUUUCUGCAUUCAGCACAAUCAGGAACGGAGUCGAUGGUUCUUCUUUAUGUAUUGCGGGCCAGAGCACAGCCUUUGCAUCCAGGGAAUCCCACGUGAAGCUGAGGAUCAAGUCUUUCAGAGUACCGGAACUUUUUAUUGAGAUGCCAGAGACUGCUACGAUUGGUUCUCUUAAGAGGACAGUAUUGGAUGCUGUGACUGCCUUACUUGGAGGAGGAUUGCGUGUCGGGGUGCUCCUUCAAGGAAAAAAGAUUAGAGAUGAUAACAAAACUCUUGUACAGUCUGGUAUUUGUUGUCAUGAUGACAAGGUAAAAUCCUUGGGCUUUACCCUAGAGCCCAACCCGUCACAUUCGGAGGUCUCAACUGAUGAGCCUCAGCCUGUAUCAAGGUUCCUCGCAAGUGGUAAUCAUCAGGGUGCUUCGCAUGAUCAUCUUAUGUGUAAUAUACGUAAUUUAAUCGAGAGUGAUCAUGAUUCAGCUCCUUCACCUGCUGAAACUACAGUAGAAAAAGGCGCAGUUGAUUCCCGAGCUUUAGUUCCUUUUCCCGAUGGUACUCCACAGGCAUUGGCCAUUCUCCCAGCACACCAAAAAUCUAAGCGAUCCGAGAUGGCACAACGUAGAAUUCGACGACCUUUCUCUGUAUCUGAAGUUGAGGCUUUAGUCCAAGCAGUUGAGAAGCUCGGCACUGGGAGGUGGCGGGAUGUAAAACUACGAGCAUUUGAUAAUGUGAAGCAUCGAACUUAUGUGGAUCUUAAGGAUAAGUGGAAAACACUGGUGCACACUGCGAGAAUAUCCCCUCAACAAAGGAGGGGAGAGCCUGUUCCUCAGGAACUGCUGGACAGGGUGUUAUCAGCCCAUUCUUACUGGUCCCAGCAGCAAGCUAAGCAGCAACUGAAACAACCAUCCGAACCCUGCCUUCUUCUUUAAGCCAUUUAAGUGCAUAGGAGGCUUCCGAUGGCGGUUCAUGUGGAUUUAUAAAUAUAAAUGUAGAACAAACAUAUAUUUCGGUUUCGAUGUGGUAUGUCCAGAUUUCAUUUUUUUGGAAAAUAAUCAGUGGUUCCCCUGCUUUUUGGCACUUUAUCAAUAGUACUCCUAAGUUUUUUUAUUAUCAAUGGUACCUUUGUAUUAUUGAUCGUUUUACAACCGUAACCUUUUCAAACUUUUUCUAGUCCAAAAUCGUUUAAAACCGUUAACUUUCUUUUAUAUUUUGAAUUGAAAAAUAAAAGAAAAAGAAAAAAAGUUAACGAUUUUGGACAAUUUUGGACGGAAAAAGUUUAAAAAGGUUACGGUUGUAAAAUGUUCAAUAGUGCGAGGAUACCAAUGAUAAUAAAAAAAACUUGAGAGUACCAUUGAUAAAGUGUCAAAAUUCAAGGGUACCAUUGAUAAUUUAAUUUUUUUUUUUUUUUUUUAACUUCUGACAUUAUGUUUACGUUGACGACGAAAAUGAAUGAUUAUAAUGUAAAAAGGUAGUAGUGAUACUGAUGCUGAAUCCAUGUAAUAGAGAUGUAUUGCUCAUUUGCCGUGAUCCCAUGUUUCUUCGUUUGAGGAAGCGGGGAUUUGUUGGGCGCUUUGUAAAUGGUUGAUGGAAUAAGGGCAUUGCUGACGGAAUUUGGUUUGGCACUCCAUUUUCUCACUUAUGUUGAUUUGAAGGGUGUUUUACUCUUGUCCUCUAAUUUAAAGGGAAAAUAAAAUAUAAACAUGGGUUGCUUAUAGGAAUUGUUUUAGAUGAUAUACUUUGUUAGCUGUUUUUAACUCAAUGACUCUUACAUUGUUGCUUUGCUCAAAGGCUUAUUUCACUUGUAACUUUGUAAGCUUCUUGUAAUUGAAAUUAAUGUAAUUGAUUUGAUUUCUCAUUCAA